UUUUUUUUUUUUUUUUUUUUUGAGCAUUUUUUAGCGCUGUUUUCCUUCCCCCCGCCAUGUUCUACUACCCUGAGGUGCUCCGGCGUCACACGGGGUGUUUCGGCACCAUCUGGUUGGCCGCCACCUACAGCUCGCGGCUGCUGCGCCGGGAGUACCUGGGGGUGGACGUGCCGCGCACCUGUGCCUCCGUGCUGUCGUUCGUGAAUGGUCGCAGCGGGUGGGAGGUCCCGCCCCCGCCGGCCGGAGCUCCGCCCCCCCGGUGCUCGCUGUACCUGGCGGCGAUGCUGCAGCUCGGGCUGGUUCGGGUGUUCGUGCGGCAGUGCGGGAACCUGCUCGAGGAUGCCUCGCAGAUCCUGGACCGGCUGCACCGCGCGCGGCCCCCGCUGGUGGAGAUCGACAUGAGCCCCUCCCGCCGGACCCAGCUGCUCCCUGAUACCCAGGCUCUGAUGGUGGAGCUGGAAUUGGCCCCCGACCCCUUUUUUGGGGUGAUGGGAGUGGAGCUUCCUCAGGUGGAGGAGCUCCUGCCCCCACCCAUUGAGAUCGAGUUCCCCCGAGGGCCCCCCGUGACGGUGUCCCCUGAGAUCAUCACCCUGCGGGAACCCGAAGUUCCGCCGCUGCCGCCGCCCCUGGAGGAGGAGCUGCCUGAAGUGACCCCCAGAGAGCUGCAGCUGCUGCUCGAGGCUGAGGCCGAGGAGCUGCUGCCCCCGGUGGAGGAACUGGAGGAGCUGCCGGCGCCACCCCCCAUCCCCCGUCCCCCACCCCCGGAGGAGCCCGCCCUGCCUCCCCCCAUUCCGGAGGUCCCGGUGCGUCGCCGCAUCCCCCGUCGUCGCCUCCCGCCCCACAUGGACCUCGUGCCCCACAUCUCCCCCAAGCUGUUCCGGGCACAGCUGCUCCAGCCCCAAGCCCACUGUCAGCCCCUGGUGCUGCUGGAGCCGCCCCACAGGUUCCGCCGCCCCCCAAGUGAGCUCCUGAACGCCCCCACCCACGAUUGGCUGCCCCCUGAGCUGUGGGAGCUGUGGGGACGCUGUGCCCAGCGCCCUGCCCCGCCUGCGGCCCCGCCCCCGGAGCUGCCCAGCGACUUGGAGGUGCUUCGGGAGGCCCUGGAGCCGAGUCUGCCCACCCUGAUCUCAGAAGUGUCCCUGGAGCCCCUCGAGGAGGAGCCGCUGGAGAGACUGCCCCCGGCCCCACCCAUUGUCCCAGAGCUUCCGGAGCUUCCGGAGGUGGUUGAAGCUCCUCCCGACCUUCGGAGACUGAUCCUGGAGCACGCCCAGCGCCCGGGGGGAUCGGAGCUGACGGCCAUGCUGCCCCCGGGGGCAUCCCGCGCACGCGUGGCAAAGAUCUUUGCUCUCUGCCUCGGUGAGUUUAGGGACAUGCCCCCUUUUGCCAAACCGCCCCUUUCCCCACAAACCCCACCCCACCCCUUUCCCCACCGGGCUCCUUCCCCAAGCCCCGCCCUUUCUGCAGAAGCCCAGCUGGCUCUGAGCACCUUUUGCUUUAAGCCCCGCCCCUUCCCCACCUGCUCACCUUCCGGACCUGCCCCUUUUCCCCAAGCCCCACCCUUUCCCCAAACCACACCCCCUUUCUACCCCAUUUCCUUGAAGCCAUGCCCACUUUCCCUAACCCGUCUCCCCAAGCUCUGCCCCCUUCCCACAAGCCACAUCCUCUGUGUCCCAAACUCCUCCCUUUCCUGAGGGCCCUCCCCUCCCCCACAGCUCCAGCCCCGCCUCCUUCCCACAAACCACACCCAUUGGCCCAACCCCUCUCCCUAAGCCCUGCCCCCUAACCCCAAGCCCCGCCCCCUCAGAGCUCUGUGGUGCCCAUUGGGUGCGCCUGGACCAGCCUCGUCCCUACGGACCAAUCACUGUCUCGCUCCGUCCCCGCCCGGAAUAAAC